GUUAUCUAAAGAGGGAUAUAAGCUAACACUGAUGUGAAAGAGGAGCUGACACUGUAAAUAAGAAGCACUGAAGUGGUUCAUUUACCUGGAUGGACCAUAUACUGCACUAUGGACAUCAAGGCACACAUUUAUAUGGCUUUGUUGACUGUAAUGUUAAAUAUUUGUAAGGGAGAGAAAAUACUUCUUUUCCCAUUCUCACAGAUAUUUAACUCAAGAACCAUGAAUAUAGAGAAAAUUGCCAUCUUGCUAAGGGACAAUAAUCAUUCUGUCAGUAUGUUGGUCAGUGACCAUUACCAGCCAAGCAGGAAUAUAGAUGGUGUGCAUUUGAUUCGGUACAAAAUGCCAGAGGUAUGGAUCAACCAAGGUGGAGAGCUGGACUUGACCACUGCUCUCAGCUACAUUGACCAGCCGGCCAUCCCUCUCCUUAGAGACACAGACAUCAUGGAGUUUACCCUGUGUGAUGCUUUAUUUGGAGACCAAACCUUAAUUCAGAGUCUGAAACAGGAAAACUUCUCCCUUUAUUUCUUUGAUUUUGUAAACUAUGGUCCAGGGAUAUUCCUGAAUGAAUACUUACAGGUGCCGUCCAUUGUCUACUCUAACUAUGGGUUCUGGAACUCGUGGUGGGUCUUCCACCAGCCUGUCUUCUACUCUUACAUGCCGUUUCCUUUAGGCGGCCUGUCAGAUCACAUGACUCUCUGGGAACGAAUUCAAAACAUGUACGAUCACUGGGAAGGUACAAAGUGGAUGAAUGACAAAAUAGAAGCUUUAGAGAGAAAACGAUGGGAAUAUUUUCCCAAUGAGAACUGGCCCCACAUGCGACAUGCUUUUGAACGUGUUUCACUGGUCAUUGCAGCCAAUGUCCAUUUUGCUUUUAAUUACCCGUGCCCUGUCAUGCCUCAUGUCAAACCCAUCCCUGGCCUCCUCUGGACACCACCCCAACCUCUGCCCCAGUAUUUCAGUGACCUGGUCUCCUGGGCUGAUCACGGCAUUGUUCUCAUGAGCUUUGGUACCUUGGUUCCAACCAUGCUUGAAGAAAAAGCAGAACUUUUUGCCAGAGUAUUUGCCAAACUUCCCCAGAAGGUUCUGUGGCGCUACAAGGGAACACCUCCAAAAUCCCUGGGCAGGAACACCCACCUGGUAGAAUGGUUCCCCCAGAAUGACCUCCUGGCCCAUCCUGCCACCAGACUGUUCAUCAGCCACUGUGGAGUGAGCAGUACCUGGGAGACGCUGUACCAUGCUGUCCCUGUGGUCGCCAUUCCUCUGCUGUUUGACCAGCAUCACCACGCCAGAACACUAACAGACAGGGCUGGGGUUGGAGUGAGGCUGGCCUUUAGUUCCUUGACUGAGGACAUCCUGGAGACGACCAUACACAGUGUUCUGGAGAGUAAAGUGUUCAAGGAAAAUGCUGUUAAGCUCUCAGAGCUCCUCAAAGACACCCCCAUGUCUGGGCAAGAUGAGUUGUUAUAUUGGAUAAACUAUGUAAUACGCCACAAUGGCUCGGAUCACUUUCACUCACAAGCAGCUUACAGACUGAACUGGGUCCAGUAUUUCUUACUGGAUGUCGGCGUCGUCAUGGCUGUGCUUGCUUUCAGUGGUAUUCUUACUGUAGUUCUCAUGGCUGUGUUUGUGUAUAAGUUAUCAAAGAAAGUACUGCGGCCUUUACUUUUUAGAAGGAAACUGAAAACUGCAUGAAUGGCA